AUGGACGUUGAUGAGUUAGAACUUUUACAAGAGGAACGCGAUGAGCAGCCAAUUCGAUACCUUCCAAAGGUGCUCAAUGGUGGAAUCUCUGGAGUUGUUGGAGUUUCAUGUGUCUUCCCGAUGGAUCUUGUCAAAACACGUCUUCAAAAUCAGAAAGGCACUGCCACCUACACCGGAAUUGCAGAUUGUUUCAAAAAGUCAUGGUUAGCAGGAGCACCUGGAAGACUGAACCAAGUGAAAGGGAUGUAUCAGGGCGCGUCUGUGAAUAUCUUCUUGAUCACUCCAGAAAAGGCAAUCAAACUGGUCGCUAAUGACUUCUUCCGACAUGCACUAAUGAAAGAUCAAGCAGAAAGACUGUCAACACCACGUGGAAUGCUUGCCGGAGCUGCUGCAGGCUUCUGUCAAGUCGCAAUCACAACACCAAUGGAACUUUUGAAAAUCCGCAUGCAACAGUCCAAAGAUAAAGUAAAAGCUACAAAACUGAUCUGGAAUCUUUUGACAAAAGAUGGAGGUAUUCGAGCUUUGUACAGAGGACUCGGACCAACAAUGGCCAGAGACGUAUCAUUUUCUGCGCUAUAUUUCCCGCUUUUUGCUUAUUUGGAUGGAUUAGGACCAAGAAAAAAAGAUGAUUCGGGAGAUGCCGUGUUCUGGGCCAGUUUUGUUUCAGGAUUAACCGCUGGAGCAACAGCAUCCUUUCUUGUGACCCCGUUGGAUGUUGUCAAGACACGAAUUCAAGCCGGAUGCUCCAACUAUACCGGAAUUGUGCAUGCAUUCUAUAGAAUUUGGCUCGACGAAGGUGUGAAGGCUCUUUUCAAAGGAGCCAUUUGUCGGAUGAUGGUGAUGGCUCCCCUUUUCGGUAUCGCUCAAACCGUAUAUUACGUGGGACUGGCUGAAAAGCUUCUAGGACUGGAAAAAGGAUCUCGAGUCUAA